CCCCUAGACUCCAAAAACCCAAUCAGACAAGUGGCAGUAAUCUGACUCCCUGCGAGGGCCUGGGAGCUGCGGGGCCAGCAUGCGAGCUGCACUCUGGCCAGGGAAGGCAUGAGUGACAGACCCGCAGCCAGGCGGUGGGGUAAGUGCGGACCUUUGUGUACAAGAGAAGACAUCAUGGUGGCCUUCAAGGGGGUCUGGACUCAAGCCUUCUGGAAAGCGGUCACUGCGGAAUUUCUGGCCAUGAUGAUUUUUGUCCUCCUCAGUCUGGGAUCCACUAUCAACUGGGGUGGCGCAGAAAACCCCCUACCUGUGGACAUGGUUCUCAUCUCCCUUUGCUUUGGACUCAGCAUAGCGACCAUGGUGCAGUGCUUCGGCCACAUCAGCGGCGGCCACAUCAACCCCGCCGUGACGGUGGCCAUGGUCUGCACCAGGAAGAUCAGCAUUGCCAAGUCCGCCUUCUACAUCGGCGCGCAGUGCCUGGGCGCCAUCGUCGGAGCCGGGAUUCUCUACCUCGUCACGCCUCCCAGCGUCGUGGGGGGCCUGGGGGUGACCACGGUUCAUGGAAAUCUUACAGCUGGUCACGGUCUCCUGGUAGAGUUGAUAAUCACAUUUCAGUUGGUGUUUACUAUUUUUGCCAGCUGUGAUUCCAAACGGACUGAUGUCACUGGUUCGAUAGCUUUAGCAAUUGGAUUCUCUGUUGCAAUUGGACAUUUAUUUGCAAUUAAUUACACUGGUGCCAGCAUGAACCCUGCCCGAUCCUUUGGACCUGCAGUUAUCAUGGGAAAUUGGGAGAAUCAUUGGAUAUAUUGGGUUGGACCAAUCAUAGGAGCUGUGCUUGCCGGCAGCCUUUAUGAAUAUGUCUUCUGUCCGGAUGUUGAGCUCAAGCGUCGUUUUAAAGAAGCUUUCAGCAAAGCUGCCCAGCAGACAAAAGGGAGCUACAUGGAGGUGGAGGACAAUAGGAGUCAGGUAGAGACUGAUGACUUGAUUCUAAAACCUGGACUGAUGCAUGUGAUUGACAUUGAUCGGGGUGAGGAGAAGAAGGGGAAAGACCCAUCUGGAGAGGUGUUGUCUUCAGUAUGACUAGAAGACAGCACUGAAAACAGACAAGAGCCCUUCCAGCCAUCCUCAGAUUUCCUUCCACCCAUUAAGGAAACAGAUUUGCUAUAAAUGAGACAUGUGCAGGUUUAUGGUUUCUCAUGAUAUUGCUCAGCCUAAACCACAAAUAAGUUCUUAUUUACCAAGAGGAAAAGAAGAAAGGUAUUGUAAAUUCUAAAUCUAAAAGACAAAUCUCAAAAUGUCCCCCCAAAGCUUCUAUGUAUCCAUCCUAUGUAGUUGUUGUUCAUUGAUAACUAAAUUGAAGCAUGUACAAAAAUUUGGUUAAGUUUUGCCUGACAGAACUUUUAGACCUACCUAGAAAAUUAACCAUGCAGCUGAUAUUGUCCAUCUUCAUUUGAGUAUUUAUUAAUCAGGUUUAUCACUGGCAAAAUACAGUGUGCCACAGUUAGGCUACAUCCAAAAGAAGAAAUGCAGCAAGUUUUUAAUGGUCAACCCCUUAUUUAAAUCCCCUUAUUUAAAUUAUACCACAGCAAACAAAGAUCAAUAAGAAUGAUUGUUAAUGGUUUCCAUUAAUAUUUGAAAUGCUGAACCUUUGAUUCAAAUUCCAAUUCAUGAUAUUCUUUUCCCCUUCUGCUUCUAAGGCCUAGAAAUUUGAGGAAUGUUCAGAAACCUGUACAUGUAUUAGUUUCACUUAUAAAACAUCUAAAUCAUAAGAACACCUCAUGAGAUUCACGACAGAUUCAAAAUGUCUUAUGAGCAUAAAGGGAAAGUUACCAUCAUCAAAAAACCAUAAUAAAAAAAGAAAUCUGUGUUUUGAUCUGUUUUCAGUGCAUAUCCUUGAAUGUAUCAUGUGAGGUUUUAAAUGCCAGCAUUUAAUCACUAAUUACUUAGCCUAGUUUUUUUUUUAAUUUAUUGGCAAAAUUUGGGUUUUGUUUAUGUAUAAUUUUAGUUCUCUAUAUUUAAACAUUAGUUGAGAUAUAUUUUAAUAACAGGACACCACUAGUUGAAUGCUGACUUUUGUUGACUACUAAACUUAACCUUGUCUAGAAGCUCUAGAUGGAUCCUGCCUAGUCUUGAUUUCUACUAUUCUCCCUUUUCUUAUGUCAUUCAUUGGGCAUCUUUACUAUAUGUGUAAUGAUUGUUUCACAGAAUUAAAGUGCAGGACAGACAAGGAACAACAUGGUUGAAGAAUAAAAGGGUGACAACAUCUUAACACUCUGUAUUCAAAACUGACUAGAUGACCAAUCUUUUAUUUGUAGAGAUGUUAUAUGAAACCCGACAUAUUUUUUAAAGUAUUUUAAUUUUCAUUGCGGACUUAUUUAUUUGUUAAAAUGUUUGUUUGUUUGUACUACUUUGUCUUUAGUAAUAGAAUGAUCUCUAGAAACCAUAGAAUAUCUGUCAUCUUCAUCAUUUAAUCUAGACUUAAUCUUAAGCAAAGGUUUUAACAAAACCUCAUUAUUCAGAGUGAUUUGUAAAUAGCUGAUUAUCAAGGAAUUUCUUCUCUCAAGUGCAGUUAGUUCCAACUGAGUGUUAUAUUUUUAUGUUAAUGGCAGUUGUGUAUCUGUGGCAGAGAUAAUGGACCAUUAUUAAACGUGAUUCUCUUUGGUGCUAGGAAGAUGAUAUGCAAGGUUCCCAGAAUCUUUUUGCCACUGUUUAUCCUGGGAGUGCCACCAGGAGGUUCUGGCAAGUACCUUAAUCCCCAGCCCCUUUUUCAGAGCUGUGGCCACCUGCCAGUGACACACGUUACGUUCUAUUGUGGCAGCACUUAUAGAAACUAGGUUGCAAGUCCAAGGAUGUUUCAUGCUCAUCUUUUUCAAUGUUUGUACAAUAUACCAUGAACAGCUUAGUAUGGGAGGUGACUCAGCUCAGCAGAUGUUGUCAAUCAUCAACAAAUACAUCGAUUCAAAAAUUGAUUAACAUAGAAGAGUUAAACAGAUUUUCUGAAUACUUAGAGUUUUUUGGGUUAUACUUUCUCUUAUUCAGCCAUAUGUUUUACUUCUUUACACUCACUUUUCUACUCACUUCCAGUUAGAACAUGCUAUAAGCUAGAGCUUAAAAAUAAAAGCUAUGUUUUUGUAGUUUGUUUUCAAACAUCUAGUAAUCUAGUAGAGUGUCUUGUAUGUUGCAUAGUAGGUUUUCCAAAGAAGUAUGUUAGUUAAUAAAUACUCACACACACAAACAUAUACACAUGCACACAUACGCACAUAUAUAUUAUUUCGCUGGGAUUUUAGAGUACAUGUGUAAUUUUUUAAUAUUUAUUCUGAUUAUUUUAAAUAAACAAUGUCUUCAAGGAUUACUAAGGGAAGGCCAUAGAAAUGUAAAAACCAUAAAGUAUAUUUUUGCAUCCUACUAUUUUCCAGGCAUGCAGUGAAUGAAAGCUUUAGCACUUUUUUCCCUGCAUAUGAGACAACAUAUUUUGUAUUUCACUCAAGGCUCUGCCAGUAAAAAGUAAUGAAAUUGUACCUUUCUAAUGACAUCUAUGCAGCAGGGGUCUAUUGCCUUGUGGAUGGCACCAAAUUAUCCAAGUGUAUUAGGAGGCUCGGGCUUUUUCCUUUAAUCCCUUCUUAUUAAUGAAGUGCAUCGUGCUGCUCCCAGGAGAGAGCUGCUGACAGAUCUCCAGAAAAGAGAUCAGAGAGGAGAAACUGGAAGGACAUAAAUGAAUUAUACCCAGCCAGGAAACAAUGCCAACCUUUUCUACCCUAAGGAAGAGUAUAACUGCCCCCAAAUUAUAAGGUAUCUCCUACCCUGAAAGUAUAUAUUUUGCCCAAAAAGUACAAAGGAUAAUAAGAGGCAUUUUUUGAACUUUUCCAAAGUUUCUUAAUAAUCUGGCGCCUAGAAUUUGAAUCUGUUUUUGUGGAUGAGAAUGAAAUUUUCAUCAAACUUAAACACUGGAUAGAUUCCCAAAUUGAGGGUUCUUAUGUUUUUGUCUCUGGCACAUGAUGUUUUUUACAAGUUCUCAUACUUCUAGCAUCUGUCUCUUUUGCUAAACUAGUUCAUUAUUGCCACUGCUCAAUCUUAAAGAUUUGACAAGGAGACUAGAAAUAUUUAAGUAACAUAUGAUGGAAUGGCACUGUCUCAUUAAUUAUUUGAGAUCUGAUUCUAAGGAGCGCGGAAUAUUUUUGGCAGCCAUGAAACACUGCAAAACAAUCAGGAAAAUUUUAAAAUAGAGCAGCAAAUUCAGAUGUUGAAAUUAAUCCUGACAAGGCCCUUUGUCACAGCAUGUGCUACUAUUCCCACGUGUUAUAAACAUUUGACAGAGAUUGCCUUUGUGACAACAGAAAAUGAGAGUGAGAGCUCAACAGACAAUCUUAUGCAUCAAUAUGAAGCUAAUAUAAAUUCUCAUCAAAAGCACUUUAGGAUAUGCAAAUUCAAAAUAUUUUAUACAUGAAAGAAAUUUUGUCUUUCCUUAGAUGUUUAUAGUAUCAAAAUUAUUAGAAAGAUAUGGCCACUUGCUCUUUGAAGAGCAUAAUAUAACAAAACUCACCUAUAUGACAAACCUUAUGUGGUUGCAUUUGCUACAGUAUUUCACAGAUCACCCCAAAAUAGCUGUGGUUUCUCAGCCCUACAAUUCUCUUCAAUAUUUGUAAGAUAUUUAAUUUAGGACUCAAAAAAUUGUGGCCACUCACUUCAACAAAUGACUAUUGUCCAUGAAGAUAAAUAUCAAAUAAGUAAUAUACAACAUACUUAAUGAACAUUAAGUUUAAAUGCAGUCAUAGUGUUAUCCAUGUAUGUGAAAAUCCAAGAAAUAAAAACUAUACCUAAUUUAUAUAUAUAUAUCAUUGGAAUUUAUCUCUAGAUUCUCUCAGGAUUAAUUAAAAUAUAAUUUAUGAAAACAUUUAAAGUUGUUCAUCACUUUUAUGGCCCAAAUCACAAUAAAAUUGCAAUUUAUGAUAAACUUGUAAGUAUAAACUGAACAUAUGGUUAUAUUCACAAUUAUUUAUUAACUGAAAUGUUAUUCCAAUGUUAGAGCUAAUAUUAAGAUUUUAACUGUAAUGUCUAAUAUUUUAAAUAAUCUACUAAAAUAUUGGCAUUGUAGUUGAUUUCCAGGAAUUAUGUUUUAUCUCUUAUUACUAAGCUUGUGAAAAUAAACUUUUUAAUAGCUCAAUAAAUACCUAUCUAUUGCUUUUGAUGGUA